AUGGUGCCCGGCAAGAAGCGACUUUAUAUGGCUCUGUUUCCCAGUGGUGUAUCCAACAACGAGGAGAGGAAAUACCACUGGGCAUUCUUGACAGGACCAAAAUUAGAGCCUGGUUCCCAAAUUCCUGUUCCAGGCAGUCAAUACCAUGCCAAGAACCUUCCGACAGGAUGGAUAUAUGAGGAGAAGAAGCUGGAAGACAUUCGUACAAUGCCAAACUUGCUCGCAAGAAUUGUGAUUGCAAAAAUCAAAAAUGAACAACGACUUAACGGCCUUUUUCGAAAUAUUCCUAUCGUGAACGACAACCCCACUUGGAGAUGUCGAAGCUGGAUAGAAAACUCCUUGACGGAAAUGAUUAAGGAUGGCCAAGUCGUAGGUACGUCGCAACUCAAUUGGACGGUGAUUGAGGACUUCGCAAGGGAAUAUGUGCGUAUGAAAACCGACGCUGGUCGAUAUCAAACUCAGCAGGCUUUGGAAGGGCCGAGACCGACGUGGGAUCUUCUUGAGUCGAAGGAGAUUGUGACAUAG